AUCCAGCACUGGACUCAAAACUUCUUCUUCCACAACCUUCUUAAUUUCUCUGUCUCUGACUUCUGUCUUUCAGCAAUGUCUCCCAAAAUUUCCUCCUUUCAACCCUUUAAGCUUGCAACGUUCUUGUUAAUUUUGUUUCUUUUUGGUGUUGCUUCUGCUCAGUUAUGUCCGGACUUCUAUGCAAAAACAUGCCCCGGGGCACUUCCUGCCAUUGAAAUGGUGGUUAGAGCUGCAGUUGCAAAAGAGGCCCGGAUGGGAGCAUCCUUGCUUCGUCUUCAAUUCCAUGACUGCUUUGUUGAUGGAUGCGAUGGAUCUGUAUUAUUGGACGACACACCUAAAAUGAAAGGGGAAAAAACAGCAAAACCAAAUAAAGGAUCUCUCAGGGGAUUUGAUGUCAUUGACAGGAUCAAAGCUGAAGUUGAGAAAAUUUGCCCCGGCGUUGUUUCAUGUGCCGACAUUAUCACCAUUGCUGCUCGUGACUCUGUGGUUGCUUUGGGUGGACCUUACUGGACGGUUCUCUUGGGCAGAAGAGAUUCAAAGACAGCAAACUUCAGUGGUGCCAACUCAGACAUCCCUGCACCGACUUUGAAUCUGACCAACUUCACCACUUCCUUCGCAAAAAAAGGCUUAAGUGUUAGUGACUUGGUGACUCUUUAUGGUGCCCACACUGUCGGCCAAGCUAGGUGCACCAAUUUCCGCAACAGGAUCUACAAUGAAACAAACAUUGAUCCCUUCUAUGCGAGAGCAUUGAGAGCAAACUGUCCGGUCAACGGAGGAGAUAACAAUCUUGCUCCUUUAGACACUGCAACUCCAACAAUCUUUGAUAAUCAUUUCUACGUGGACUUGAUUGUCAAAAAGGGGCUUCUGCACUCUGACCAACAGUUCUUCAAUGGUGGCAUAACCGACUCUCAAAUUAAGGCUUACAGCGUCAAUCCAAUAGCUUUCACUGAGGAAUUUGGAAAGGCGAUGAUCAAAAUGGCAAACAUUAGCCCUCUUACAGGGACCAAAGGCCAAAUCAGGUUGAACUGCAGGAAAGCAAAUUAAGUCCUCCAGGACUAAUGAGACACAUUCCUUCCAUAUGAACCUCGUUAUUUUUAAUCGGAGAAAGAAAAUUUGUGACAUUGGAUGAACCUUGUUUAAUUGUUAGAAUAAAGAGGCCUUGUGAUUGUCACUUCUCCUUUGGAGACUGUAUGGUUCAAGUCCUCUCCCUGUCUUAUUUUUUAGAUUCUAUGGUACUUUAAAAAUAUAAGAGAUUGCAUUUAAUUUGUUGAUGUAAUGUACCCUUUAUUUUUAUUACCAAAAAAAUAUAUAUUACCAAAAAAUGUAACCCUUAAUUUUUUUUUUAUGUAAUAAAGAGUUGUACCAGGU